GGCAGAUAUGGCUAUACUUUCAUUCUGACGUAAUAAUCAAGGAGUUUGCUGCCGUACCAUGGCUGCAGCAGGCGCAUUGAUAUUACGCAGUGCCCGAAAAUAGUCCCCUGCUAUUGAUGUCACGAAUUCGGUUUGGUCGAUUGCUUUGCUUUGGGUUUUUGUGUUGUGUCUGUGUGUGUUCUUAUUUUGACAGCUUUCAUGUGCGCGCCGUUUCACUCGGGUGCUCCUCCCUUCACUCAUCAUUCUCACCUGCGCCCGCACCUGAUGAGUUGUCUUCACGUUGGUUACGAUCAGCGAUCUCAUCACCCUGUCUACGCGCAGCGGAGCUCGUCACAGUUGGAAGCUAGCGAGUGUCAGAAAUCAAGCAUCACCGCGCUGUCCAUUCGCCUGUCAGCAACAGCAGAGAUUUUUUCACCCUGUCACCAAGCAGUGGAUACGUACACGAUUUUGCAGAGAUAUUUUUCACCCUGUCACCAAGCAGUGGAUACGAUUUUGCAGAGAUAUUUUUCACCCUGUCACCAAGCAGCGGAUACGUUCCUGAUUCAGCAGAGAUUUUUUCACCCUGUCACCAAGCAGUGGAUACGUACACGAUCUUGCAGAGAGAUUUUUCACCCUGUCUUCAAGCAGCGGAUACAUUCACAUCUGAGCUCUCCAGCUAGACUCUUUAUACAUUUUUCACCCUGCUCUUUCAGCAGCGGAUCUCCUCUCUCUCUCUCUCUCUGUUUUGGUGACUCAUUAAACACAUUGCAAUUGGAUCCUUGUCUGUUGUUAUUUCCUGACAGACGGACUCGCCAAAUAUGGAUCCAGCAGAUGUGGAUACGGUACGGAAUGCACUCGCACAACAAGGAGCUUGGCUGGGACAGCAGGAUUCUCAGAUAUCUUCCACCUCGCAUGAGGUUGAACGUCUCUCUGCCCGGCUUACAGAAUUAAACACCCAGAUGGAACGACUGCGGUU